UUUAUAUCGAGGGCAGAAAAAGUAAACUGGCAGUCGCAAUUUCCGAGUAUUGUUUACCGCCUCUGUAUAACAAAUGUUACUGAGGGGAGCAGCGAAAAUUGAGGAAACUGCGUUGUCGAUUCCUCAAUAUGCGCCGCUUCAUGCAGUAACAUGUGUUCAAUUCUGGCUGAUAACAAUUGCCUGAAAUUGCGGUUGCUAGGUUCCUUGGCGUGUCUUCGCCCUUAGGUUGUAGCGGUAGCAGUGUUGAUCGUGUUCAUUGUUAUAGCUUUACCACUAUACCACGGAUCAGUGUAUAAAUAGCAGAAUUGUUCUUGGAUUUUGUGUUUUCACGUUAACGGUACUGCAUACAAAUGGCGAUCAUGGUGGAGGAGAAUAAGACAAUAGAAGACCUUACUCCAGAAGAAAAGUGGAGGCUGGAGCAUAUAAAGCUCCAUGAGCAGCAUAAGGGUCAUGAGUCUAUGCACGCAGAAAUGGUUCUUAUUCUUCUUGUCACAUUGGUUGUGGCUCAAAUUGUUCUAGUCGAAUGGAAGAAGAGACAUUACAGGUCAUAUAUGUUUUCUACUCUUAUUGGUAUGUGGAUUAUUCCAUUGUUAUUGUGCCUGAAGAAUCAGUGGUGGCGUUUCAUAUUCUUAUGGCUACUGUUUUCCUGUAUAACUAGUCUAGUAGUGAGAAAAGCCAUUCAGAAACCAAUUGAAGGUACAACCCCAAGAUUGGUCUACAAGUGGUUUUACUUCAUCUACAAAUUAAGCUAUGCUCUGGGCCUGAUAGGAUAUAUCAUCAUGAUGGCUACAUUUUUUGGACUGAAUGUAGUAUUUGAUGCCAAACCACAUAUGUGGAUGGAUUUUGGAUUGCUCUUCCUAUUUUAUGGUCUGUAUUAUGGAGUCUUGGGUCGAGAUAUAGCAGAAAUAUGCGCUGACAAAAUGGCAUCACAUAUUGGGUACUACACGGAUCAAGGCAUGCCCACACGACAUCUUGAUUCUGCCGUGUGUGCUGUAUGUGGUAACAAAUUGCUGGUUCAGGAGAAUGAAGAAGGAGUCUUGGAGAAUACAUAUAAGCUCUCUUGUGAUCAUGUAUUUCACGAAUUUUGUAUUCGAGGAUGGUGCAUUGUGGGUAAGAAACAGACAUGUCCAUAUUGCAAAGAGAAGGUGGAUUUAAAGAAGAUGUUUUGUAAUCCAUGGGAGCGGCCUCAUGUGCUUUAUGGUCAACUGUUGGACUGGAUUAGAUGGCUUGUAGCAUGGCAGCCACUUAUUCUGUUUCUUGUUCAGGGUAUAAACUGGGUACUAGGACUGGAAUGAAUAUUAUGGCUGUGAAUUUUCAAAUACGUAUUUAUGUCACUGUUGAUUAAAGUUUCUUGUGUAUGAGAGAUGCUCAUUGUGUGUGUGUGUGUGUGUGAGAGUGAAUAUUCAGAAUUAUUUCUUAUGUGUGAAGACUAAAAAAUACAGAUUUUCAUUUGAAUGGGAAUAUUUUUAAAAAUUUUGUAGCAUCAAGUCUCUGAUGUAAAAUAUCAUAUCUAUGAAUUUAAAAUUUAAGAUACACUUCAUACAGCUGUAAUGAACAGACGUUCCUUCAGUUUUUAAAUGCCUGUUUUCAGGACAUUUCCCUGCUCUCCUAAUAA